AGACGUGCUCUUUUAGGCCAUUCGAACCAUUCGGCCCUCGUGUCACUCAUCAGUUAUCGUCUCGAAUGAGUCCUCCACCUCAACCUAAUGGUUUCUGAUCAAUACGCUGCCAUCGACUCCAAAAAAGAUGUCUGACACUGGAGAAAGCAGUCAGCACAAGAGGUCAAAGUCAACGGCCCUAUCGUUACUCCGGCGCAAAGACAGGGAAAGUCGAAAUGACGAUGAUGCCACCUCCGAAGACGGAUCACAAGCUUCUGGCCUUGCUUCGCUCCCGACAAAUGUCUCGGCCCCUUCCGCUACCCCUGGAUCGCGCAACCCCCCAGCCAAGAGCUACAGCCAGAGAAUGUCGCUUGGCGGAACCCCAUUGCGAGACCCCAACUCUCUAACGUCGGUUCGAUCCAAUGCAUCAGAAAAGGGCUCUUCCCUCGAGCAAUCCGUGCGCAAGUUUCGAAUCGUCGAGGCCCUACGAAGCGGCAACACGGCCGCCAUCUCUAAGGCAAUCCGGGAGACUUCGGAGGGUGGACCUCGUGCGAGCACUUCGUCUAUGAAUGGUGCAAAUCCUACGCCUCUCGAAGAUACAACGGUUCUACACCUUGCUGUACAGUGCGCGGAGUAUGAGGUGGUGGAAUAUGUCCUGUCUGAUGGUGCCGGAUAUAUCGACAUAAAUGCCCGAGAUAAGGAUGGGAAUGUGCCCUUACAUAUCGCUGCUUCCCAGGGGCGCGGACCGGUGGUCCGCCUGCUGUUGGAGCAGAAAGACAUCAACGAUGCCAUUACAAACAAUCAAGGAAAGCUCCCAUUGGAUGUAGCGCGAAACCCCGAUAUCUUUCAACAACUCCAACUCGCCAGGACUCUGUUCGUUCAGGACAAAGUGAAGGAGGUCCAGGACCUGGUGCGGCAGGGCGCCUAUGAGACCUUAGGGAAUAUUCUCGAAGAGCCCCGCGUCAAGACGAUACUAGAUAUCAACAGCAUCGAAUUGCCCUGUGAUCCCGUUACCGUCCAGGCCGGGGGGACACUGCUACACGAAGCCGCUCGUAAGCGGGACACGAAACUAAUUCAGGCCCUCCUGCUUCACGGGGCCGACCCAUUCCAACGGGAUCGUAAGGGGAAGCUGCCUCAGCAGGUUACUAACGACGAUCUUACCCGUGCGAUGCUCAAGCGCUCGCCUGCUGCCGUCGCUGCUCAGCGUGGCAUUCAAGAGAAAGCCGUGCUCGGUCAUGUGGCCUCCCAAGGGGGAUCCGGGCCAUCUGUCGCCGGAGACCCGCUGGCUGGUCGCGAGCCACAGAUGAAGGGCUACCUCAAAAAGUGGACGAAUUACCGAAAAGGCUACCAGCUACGUUGGUUCGUUCUUGAGAACGGCGUUCUCAGUUACUACAAGCACCAGGACGAUGCGGAAAACGCUUGUCGGGGAGCCAUUAGCAUGCGCAUCGCCAGACUACAUAUGAGUCCGGAAGAAAAGACCAAGUUUGAGAUUAUUGGGAAAUCAUCCGUGAAGUAUACCCUGAGGGCCAACCACGAGGUCGAGGCAAAACGAUGGUUCUGGGCCUUGAACAAUGCGAUUCAGUGGAUGAAAGACCAGGCAAAACAGGACGAGCGCCAGAAGGCACAAAGCGCCGAGAUUCUACGACAGGCCCGAGAUAGCCUGGUAAGGCCGGCAGAACCAUCCGUGAACGAUUCACACAGUGAUAUUGCAAGCUCUGUCGAGCCAAGGAAUAGCACCCAACUGUCUCGCCUUCCUUCGACCAGAACGUCUGCUCCUCGUGUAGGGAUAUCCCGCGCUAGUACCGCCGGAAGCCAGGACGACGAGUUUGUCGAUGCGGGGACGCCAGAAACGAAGGCGCAAAGCAACGGAGCCCUAACAAUACCCGGCGAAGCGGACGAUGACGACGACGACGACGACUACCCAGAUCAGUCGAGCCGGGGUGAUGCCCCAACAGCGACGAAGGACGCAUUCAAUAUUACAGCUCAGUCCGCGAGACUCCAACUCGACACCUUGGCAUCCGUGAGUGCGGCAUUGCAGGUGGAGGCCCAUCGGAAUCCGUCUAUGUCACUUGUAGACCCUAAAGCAUCGCAAGCGCUUGCUACGUACGACGCGGCUAUCCGAAGUCUGAAGGGGCUUAUGGGGGACCUUCUUCGGAUUGCCAAGGACCGCGAUUCACAUUGGCAAUAUCGCCUAGAGCAAGAAGUCGAAAUGCGACGGAUGUGGGAGGAUAGCAUGGCCAAGGUAGCUGCGGAACAGGAGAUUCUAGAGGCGAGGGUCGGAGAGGCCGAGAAGAGGCGUAAGAUGGCCAAGCGUGCUCUCCGGGAAGUCAUCGGAAGCACUGCCGAAGGUCGUCCGCCAAGCCGUGAUAGCGCUCACGUUGUACAUCCUCAGACGGGAGGUGUAAACGAAGACGAGCCGGCCGAGACGAUGCCCUCGCCGAAGAGCGUACUCCGCCGAUCGGGCACACGCCCACACGCCGUGGAGAUAUCAGAAGAUUCCGAAUCCGAACAGGAGGAGUUCUUCGACGCGGUAGACGCAGGCGAAGUGAAUGCCGAGCCAAUGCCGCCGUCUGACGUCGCGCCGUCCGCCGGCGCUGCGCAAAAUGUCGUAAUAUCCGGUGUAGACAUCAGCAGUGCUUUCAGAGGUUAUGAGAACGGAUUUCGGCAGCGGCUCAAGUUGGACGAAGAUAACCGACCUAAGAUCGGCCUAUGGGGGAUCCUAAAGUCGAUGAUCGGCAAGGAUAUGACAAAGAUGACACUUCCUGUAUCUUUCAAUGAGCCGACGUCCCUGCUAUAUCGGACUGGCGAAGACAUGGAAUACGCCAACCUAUUGGACAUGGCGGCAGAUCGGUCAGACUCGAUUGAGCGUCUGCUAUACGUGGCUGCAUUUGCGGCGAGCGAGUUUGCUUCGACUAUUGGUCGUGUCGCUAAACCUUUCAACCCGCUUCUAGGUGAGACGUUUGAGUACGCGAGACCGGACAAGGGUUAUCGUUUCUUUAUCGAGCAAGUUAGCCAUCACCCUCCCAUCGGGGCUGCGUACGCCGAGUCGGCGAAAUGGACCUACUGGGGCGAGGCCAAGAUCGAUUCCAGGUUCCUGGGCAAGUCCUUUGAUAUCUAUCACUUAGGCACCUGGUUCCUAAGGCUCCGUCCCACUGCCGGAGGCAGGGAGGACUUCAUCACGUGGAAAAAGCCGAAAUCACAAGUUGUCGGUAUUAUUACAGGUAAUCCCACCGUGGACAACUAUGGACUGGUCGAAAUCAAGAACUGGACGACUGGGGAGGUCUGCAUGCUGGAUUUCAAGCAGCGAGGUUGGAAGGCAUCGAGCGCCUACCAGCUCUCCGGAAAGAUCCUCGACGCAGAUGGACGGCCACGCGUGAGCUUGGGGGGGCGGUGGAAUUCCAAGAUAUAUGCUCGCCUUACGCCUGGCUUCGAAGCAACCGUCGAGGAGCCGCAGGACACGCGGGGAAGCAUUAGCGACCCCAGCAGGGCCUUCAUCGUCUGGGAGGCAAACGUUCGGCCCCAGGGCAUCCCAUUUAAUCUCACGCCAUUCGUGCUCACGUUUAACCACAUCGACGAUAAUCUCAAGCAAUGGAUCGCUCCUACUGACUCGAGAUAUCGCCCGGACCAGAGGGCGAUGGAAGACGGCGAAUACGACUUCGCAGCCUCCGAGAAGAACCGGCUCGAAGAGGCACAACGAGCUAGGCGGAAAGCGCGGCAGCAAACAGGCGAGGAAUUCAUACCUGCGUGGUUUGAAAGGGCGACAUGUGAGAUCACCGGCGUAGAGUACUGGAAAUUUAACGGCAAGUACUGGACGCAGCGAGAGAAGUUUGGCAACGGGGAUGCCUACGCGUGGGAUGGUCUAGAACCGAUUUUCUUCUCGGAGGAAUCGAAUUAAUGGGAUCCUUGAUGGAUAGAAAAAUUCUGUAUUUAGGUGAGUAAAUAUUGCCUUGUAGGUUGCAGAGGGAGGAGGGAGGGGGGGGGAUACAGUUCCUCUAUACGGUGGUAUGACACGAGUUUGUACGUAUGGAAUUCGGCAAGGCUAUGCGAAUAGAGAGCCUACUCUGCUAUGGGAUACUGAUAUUGUUAGGUAGUAAGUACAUGGCCGUGGACGCCCUGGUUCUGUCCCGUAUCGGGCGAACCAAUGAAUCAAUGGUCACCAUCUCUAUCUUUUUAUUGUUACGGUGGCCGUAUGUGGUUGUG